UCUGACCAUAUGAGAAGCUCUGACCAUACGAGAAUCUCGGACCAUACCAUAAUCUCUCACCAUACAAGGAUCUCCGACAAUACAAGAAGCACUGGCCAUAUUAGGAGCUCUGACCAUACGAGGAGCUCUGACCAUACAAGAAUCUCUGACCUCAUGAGGAGCUCUGAUCAUACGAGAAUCUCUGACCUUAUGAGAAGCUUCGACUUACAGAGAAUUUCUGACCAUAUCAGGAGCUCUGACCUUACUAUGAGCUCUGACUUUAUGAGAAGCUGUCCAUAG